GCCAAUCCGCGGACGAGUUACAGGAACUAGGCGGGCGGAUGUCAACUACGAUCAACGACGUCGUGAACUUUACCGGUGUCUAACUAACCCUGGACCAAAUCGUCUCUUCUGUAACAGUCUCAGAGAAUGGGCAGUGUGUUGGCUGCCACCUCCCCCAGUCCUGCCCCAGCUGCGGCUGGAGGUAGUCAAGGGGUCCCGGGGCUGGUGUCUGUCCCUCCAGGCUUCACUAUGCCCGCAGUGUCUUCUGUCCCUCCGACAUCAGGAUCUGGACAGUCUGCAGAUGCAGAGUCCUCACUCCCAAACCCAGGAACCUAUGAGGAGUGCCACCGCAAAUGUAAAGAGGUGUACCCUCUGCAGAUGGAAGGGGUACGGUUAGUGGUCAACAAAGGCCUGAGCAACCACUUCCAGGUCAGCCAUACAGUCACACUAAGCACCCUGGCUGAAUCCGGUUAUAGAUUUGGUUCCACCUACGUGGGCAGUAAACAGACUGGACCAGCAGAGUCAUUCCCAGUCAUUGUUGGAGAUAUGGACAACACUGGCAGCUUGAAUGCGCAGAUCAUCCACCAGCUCACUUCUGCUGUGCGCUCCAAAAUAGCCAUCCAGACUCAGCAGCAAAAAUUUGUGAAUUGGCAGUGUGACCUGGAGUAUCGCGGCGAGGACUUCACUUCUGCUGUGACACUCGGCAAUCCAGAUGUACUUGUCGGCUCUGGCAUUUUGGUGGCCCAUUAUCUCCAGUCGAUCACACCAGGACUGGCUCUGGGUGGUGAAAUGGUGUACCAUAGGAGACCAGGGGAAGAAGGAGCUGUCACCUCCCUCCUGGGCAGGUACACAGGUGACAAUUAUGUUGCUACGUUGACUCUAGGAGGAGCAGGAGCUCAUGCUACAUACUAUCACAGAGCCAAUGAUCAGCUGCAGAUAGGUGUUGAAUUUGAAGCCAGCACACGGAUGCAAGAGACCACAACAUCCUUGGCUUACCAGCUGGACGUCCCCAAAGCUAACCUGCUUUUUAAAGGCACUGUUGACAGCAAUUGGGUGGUCGGGGCGACUCUGGAAAAGAAGUUAUUGCCGCUGCCUCUCACACUAGCCUUAGGGGCUUUCCUCAACCAUCGCAAACACAAGUUCCAGUGUGGCUUCGGUGUCACCAUCGGCUAGAUGUGCUGGGAGGGGGCUGCCUGGAGUGAGCUCGCAGGCCAAGCUUGGACCGGCACAGAGACACACAGGAACCUGGACUUUUUAUAAAUUGGACUCAGAGACUCUCUUUCAACUGUGAUUUCUGAGGCUGACAGAGAGACAAAGACGAAUACCCAAGGAGCCAGGACUGGCCAAGCCAUGCCUACAUUCUGUAGCACAAAUGUCUUUCCCUUAUGGUGUAUUUCAUAUACCCAGAGGCUAGAGAGGUGUAUGUCAGAGGGCAUCAGUGAUGCAUGAGAUCAUGUGAUGUGAAAAUCAAAGUAAGUGGUUAGAAAUAAUAUAUGGUGAUCAUGACUGAUGGGUUUAAAUAAAUGUCAUUACUUUUUGUAAAAGCUGGAUGUGGUGAUGUUUUCUAUUCCAGGAGUUAUGUGAUAUGAAUGUUAUUUAUAUGACUUCAGCUUAACCUUGUCAGGACUGUCAGGAUGGAUCCUUUAACACUAAGGAUCCAUCCUUCACAUUUAUUUAUGUGUAUCUCAAUCAUACAAGACCUCUGAGGAUGUACACUAACACUGAUUGGCUUAUACCGUGCAAAUAAUUAUAUCCAGGUCUAAUGACCACGUCAGGUUUUUUUUUUUUUAAUUCUUCAUUUAGAAAAUGUGUUUUAAUUAAUAUUUUUUAAAUGACUUGGUGGAUAAUGGUGAACAAGAGGAUUGCACUUGAUCACCAUUUUCAACAAAACAAAGGGACUGGAGUGUUGCAAGGUGAUUUUUCUUCAUACCAACAACAUGCAACAUUACUACAUUCUUGCUUGUGUCCUAUUUGCAGUGGUUUCCAUUCUUCAGUGUUGAGCAUGUUUCUGAAAACAAAUGUCAGAGGCAAGACUCGAGGCUAAAUGCACACACCCAUCACUUACACCUUGAUAAAAAUAAGUGGAAACAGAAGAACGCUAGUUCUUUGUUCACACAUAUUUAUGACGUUUGAACUGUGUUAAAUGCUUAAAGAUUCAUUUAAUAUACACA